AUGGGUACUCUCAGCUCGAUGUGCGAUGGACAGGUUAUACUUGAGGCUGAGAAGAUAGAAAUAAACCACCUUUUAUUCUUGAAUAAAACAGUAAAUCUUUACAGAGUAUCAGAGAUGAAAGAGAAGAUACAGUAUUCAUAUUUAUUCAACGCUGUAGCAUCAACUAUUAUAAAUGUAUCUGGAAAGGUCUGCUUUGUUAUCAAGCAUCUGGCCAAAAACGGACGCUGUUAUAACCAGGGCUACAACACUGGUGAUCGCCACCGAGGGGAUGACUUCGCGUCCUGGAACGCUUUCCAUACCGAAUACGCCUACAGAAAAUCCUAG